CAUUCUUCCAAUCCAAGAGCUUGCUCGUCACCAUGGGUCUCGCGGCGCCCAAGAAUCGUAGCCGCAUUGGCAACGACCCGCAAAACACCACCUGGGCCAACAACACCACCCGCUUCGGGCACCGCAUUCUCACCCAGCAAGGCUGGAAGCCCGGCGCAUCCCUCGGCGCACAAGAUGCCGCCCAUUCCGCGCACUACACCGCCGCCUCGCACUCGCACAUCCGCGUCCUUCUCAAGGACGAUAACCUGGGGCUCGGAGCUAAGCGCGGCAGCGAGCGAGCUGAGAACUUUGGACUCGCGGGGCUGGAGAGCGUGCUGGGGAGGCUGAAUGGGAAGGAAGAGGAGGUCAAGAAAGAGGAGGAGAGGAGGGAGAAGGUGCAGCAGAGGGCGUAUGUGUAUCGGAAGUUUGGGUUUAUGAACUUUGUUAGUGGGGGCUUUUUGGUUGGGGAUAGGAUUGAGAGGGGUAUAAAGAGGGGGGAGGAGGUUAAGGUGGAGAUGAAGUCAGAACUGGAAUCAUCGGAAAGUGAUGUGAAGGAGAAGAAGUCGAAGAAGAGGAAGCGAUCGAGCGAGGAAGAGGAGAUCAAGGAAGAGGUGAAAGAGGAGCAGCCGAAGCUCAAGCGGAAGAAGAAGAGCAUGAACCUCCGCGAGGAAGCUGCUAGGACUGCGACAGCUGAAGAGGCCUUCGAGUCAAAACCAAAAAAGGAGAGGAAGGAAAAGAAAGACAAGAAGUCGAAGAAAUCGUCCUCGGAUCCCUCCUCAACCACUUCCACCACCGACUCCCCCGCUCCAAUACCAGACGAACCACUCUCGGACAAAGCCCGCCAGAAAGCCGAGAAACGCGCCCGGAAAGAAGAAAAGAAGCUCAAGAGAGCGCUGAAGAAAGCUGCAAAAGAAGCCGCACGAUCGAAUCCCACAGUCGAUGCUCCCAGUUCCGAGAGCGAAGAAGAUAGCACGACGGUUACCUCGACGCCCACGAGCUCAGUGCCUACCACCGGCACGUCGACCCCUUUGACUUCCGUUUCUGGGCUUUCUUUCACCGCUUGUGGACGGCACGCAGUGAGGCAAAGAUUCAUUCGCCAGAAGAAGAUGGCGAGUAUAGAUCCGCAAGCCCUGAAAGAGAUUUUCAUGAUCAAGACCCCUUCCUAGCGCGCUGUGCGCUCGCGGUUUUAAAUGCAUAGCGAGGCGUUUAUAUCACUUCAUUUAGAGUUCUAUUAUAGACCUAGAUUGAGCACGAACUUGUCUGUUACCUGUACGAAGAGUACAUAAUUGACAUGGCGAAGACGCUCGAUAAUAUAAAUUAGAUCGCACGUUCAAGUACUUG